AUGCCUUUCGGUAACACCCACAACAAGCUGAAGAUGAACUACUCCGCAGAGCAGGAGUACCCCGACCUCAGCCAGCAUAACAACCACAUGGCCAAGGUGCUCACUCCAGAGAUGUACGCCAACCUGAGGGACAAGGAAACUCCAAGUGGAUUUACAGUGGAUGAUGUCAUUCAAACUGGGAUUGAUAACCCGGGUAAAUAGCCAUUGCUUUGUCGACUUUAGUCUCAAGACGUCUGUGUUGUGCAGUUUCGAUGUGAAGUGUGUAGAAAAUGGGAGGGCAGAGGGCUUUAUUUAUAGCCCAGCCACUCAUCCGGUGCUUGGAUGUUGCAAUGUGAAUCACGUACCUUGUGAAAAACCUCCUCUGUUUAAAUGGUGAUCUUGUUGCCAAGGGCCUGUGCUAUGGCCACUAAUGAAAUGUUCCGUAAAAAACAAGGAAUGCAUUAUUUUUUUGCCCUGUCUAGCAUUAAAGGAGCAAUCAGCAUUUGAAACAAUAAGAAAGCGUCUUCCCUGUUUCGGGAAACUUUUUAAAAAAUAGUUUUAACCAUGUCUUGAGGAUGUAUAGUGUAUGUUUACAUAAAACAAGCUUAUAUUUUGGGUUCUGAUGGGGUACGACGAAUCAAAUGGGUACAAAAAAUUGAUAUAGCAACUGCAGAUUGCCCUUUUAAGCAUAGAACCUAAUGGAGGUAUACAUGUAUUAGGACUGAUGUGGGAACCAUGGCAACAGGCCUAUUUAUUGUUCUAAUUUAUUACAGCAGCAUCACCAACGACCUUUGCUGAGCAAGGUCAAAUCCAUUAUUUGUCUACAUAGAACCAUUGCUGAGCAAGUGACAUUACAGACAAGGUUGAGGCCUUGCAUUUUAUUCCCCUCGAUUUCAAGGUUGUAGAGUCAUGUCUCUUUAAACCCUGAAUUACGGUGGCUUUGAAUUAUCAUCUAGUCCAGGGACCAAUUACAUUCAGCCUGAUCCUAUUUUUUACGAAUGGACAGGGGGGCUGGAAAAUAAUUAUAAAUAAAUAGCUCAGGUGGUAGAGCAUGGCGCUUGCAACGCCAGGGUUGUGGGUUCGUUUCCCACGGGGGGCCAGUAUGAAAAAUGUAUGCACUCACUAACUGUAAGUCGCUCUGGAUAAGAGCGUCUGCUAAAUGACUAAAAUGUAAAAAAUGUACACUGCAGAUUAACCACAAGAAGCCCAAACUAAUAGUAUUUAGCCAAAAACAUAAUUUCAGACCUUGAUUACAUUGGGAUACGAUCACAUAUGUCUCUUUUUAUGUGUGGUAAUACUUGGGAAUAGAUUUCCGGGUAACACUUUACAUUAAGUUCUCUUAAUAAGCCAUUUAUAAACAGUUUGUAAAGAGUUUACUUACCAUUUAAUCAUUGCUCCUACAUUUGUAACUGUCAAUAAGCAGUCUCUAAAUAGUAAUUUAUGCAUUUAUAAACACUAUUUUAAUUAAACUGCCUUUUUCGUCAGCAUGCUAGGCUAGCUGAUGCUAAAGCAGCCCAUUGGAUUCCAUGAAAAUGGGAAGCCUAGUGUUGGGCUGCUUUAGCAUUAGCUAGACUAGCAUGCUGACGAAAAAGGCAGCUUAAAAUAGUGUUUAUAAAUGCGUAAAUUACUAUUUAGAGAUUGCUUAAUACAUUUUUACAUUUUAGUCAUUUAGCAGGCGCUCUUAUCCAGAGCGACUUACAGUUAGUGAGUGCAUACAUUUUCACACUGGCCCCCCUGUGGGAAACGAACCCUCAACCCUGGCGUUGCAAGUGCCAUGCUCUACCAACUGAGCUACAGGGGACUAUUGACAUUGCUUAUUGACCAAAAAAACUUGGUGGGCCAAUUUGGGGAACCCUGAUGUAGGCCUUGCAUUUGAUGAGCUCUAUUGCAGUCCCCUACUACAGCAUCCAGUGUAACUAAGCAUUAAACAGCUGAAGAUGAGUGCCGGUAUGCAAACCUUAGUCACCACAACCUUACGGUCUUCUUAACCCUUGACAUGUACAACAUUAUGAAUAUCAACACAAAAUGUGUAAUAAUGCCCAAUGGCUUCACCGUAGAUUGUGUUAUUCCGACAGGCGUCUGCCUAUGGAGGGUGGCUAAAGAUAUUAUUGGAUAUAAGACCCAUGCGACUGCAGGCACAACUGACCACCAUUUUAUAGAAAAUUCCAAAACCAAUUACUGUCAAAACCAAUGCAAGUGCAUUUUGUCAGUGAAAUCGUCACUUGGAUCGAUGCAACCACCAUUUUGUGUCCAAAGGCCCAGUUUCACCCUUUUUCUAUUCUAUUUCAGGCCAUCCCUUCAUCAUGACAGUGGGCUGUGUGGCUGGAGACGAGGAGACGUACGAGGUGUUCAAGGAGCUGCUGGACCCCGUCAUCGAAGACCGCCACGGUGGAUACAAGCCCUCAGACAAACACAAGACCGACCUGAACCCAGACAACCUUGUGGUAAGGACACACACACCAAAUCUCCACACACACUCACCACGCUGAAUCAUCAAACACACACAGUGAAUCCCAAAACACCCCCUCUCCCCUACCAACUUGCUCGAAGGGCCCUCCGUAGUCACGUGUUGCUGACGAAACUAAGAGGGUGACUUCCAGAGAGUGGCGAGGGGAUCAAUAGACCCAUCAACUUCGGGACACACUCGUGACUUGAAUGAUGCAAUUCAUUGUUCUACUUUUCAAUAAUAAACAUGCAUGAAAUUAAAAAUCUACAAAUCCCUCCUGUCAUUUUACAAGAUAUAAACAUCAGUAACAGUUAAACAUGUCAUUUGGGAGGUAUUUCAUUUGUUACAUGUGUGAAGUCUCAAACUCAGACAAACAAAGCCUGCAGCCUUGCUGGCUCGGUCGAAGUGGCUAUCUGACGGUCUAAUUAGCCCCUACACCCUCUAUAAUUUUCCGUCCCUCAGCUUUUGCCGGAGGCUCGCGUGAAUGCGCAAAUGGAGGGCCGAGGGGAAGGGGGUGAGUUGGGAUUCAACCUCUGUCUCAAUCUCCACACACCCUGAAUCACCACAUAGGCACCUACAAACUCCCAAGGGAGGCCUUGAUGAGUCAAUGUCGUAAACGGUGUGGUCAGCACUAUUCACGAAGUUCAGGAAACCAAUAUGAAAUGGAAUUCAGUCAAAAUCCAUAUUGGUCAAACUGGCCAUACGGCCCAUUGUUUUCAAACCUCCUUGUACCCCAAUCCUGGUUUAUACAGUCAAAACCAAAUGUGUAUUCCUGUUAGCUUUCAUGCUAAUUGCUAACACGGCUCUUGCCAUUAUUUUGUUAGGGUGGGGAUGACCUGGACCCCAACUAUGUCCUGAGCUCCAGAGUGAGAACUGGUAGGAGCGUCCGCGGCUUCUGCCUCCCCCCACACUGCAGCCGUGGGGAGCGACGUGCCAUUGAGAACAUGGCCAUCGAAAGUGCGUAACGAGACCCUCUCCUCCAAUUCCAUGGCCUUAUUUGUGUGCCGAUGCUGCCCCCUGGCAGCACCAAGUGUAACUGUAGCUUAAUCCUCCAAUUGAAAUGAUACCGCACUGUAAUUGGCUUGCUGCUUUUGACUGGCAUCGGUUAAGACUUACUUAUUCUGUAUGUUUUAUAUAAUGGAAUCAUUGACAAGAAUUGGCACAAAUAUGACCGCUUGAUUUGUCUAAUUCUUACAAAUAUGCAGUUUGCUUUACAUUUGGUGAAAAAGGAUGAGCACUUUCAUGUAGGCCAACUAGUUUUACUGAUAUUGGCAUGUUGUUUUUUCAGGUCUAGCCUCACUGGAUGGGGACCUCAAUGGCCAGUAUUACGCCCUGAAGAACAUGACAGACGAUGAGCAGCAACAGCUGAUCGAUGACCACUUCCUGUUCGACAAACCUGUGUCCCCCCUGCUGCUGGCGUCCGGGAUGGGCCGCGACUGGCCUGACGGCAGGGGCAUCUGGUGAGUUCCCCCGCUCUAGCCUUAGGGGCACCACAGGAGUUUUCUCCAUGUAAUCUUCCCCAGUCCAAAAUGACUUCCUUUUCCUUUCAUGAUGGCAGAUAAAUUGGAGGGUAGUUAGUUGACCGCUUCAAUGGUCUUAAUUUCACAGUAGGCCCCAUUAGAAGUUGUAUUGAAAAGGCCCCUUUUGGACCAUUUUAAAUCCACAUUCCAUACUCUAAAAAGACUGAGGAAUUUGCCCAAAUAGUGAUACACAGUUGAUAUGGGCUCUGAUGUAAAGUUUCCCCUAAGUACAGGUCUAGGAUCAGCUCCGCUCCUCCAUCCUAACCUUAACCAUUAGUGGGGUAAAAUAAAAAAACUGACCCACGAUCGGCGUCUAUGGACAACUUCACCUGUGUACCAACUGGAGGGUGCCUUUUAGUGAGAAUAAACCUGAUCGUUAUGUAAAAUGGUGUCUCCUUCCAACCGACGGUGAACCAAUAUGUUGUUUUUGUUGACAGGCACAACGACGGCAAGACCUUCCUGGUCUGGGUGAACGAGGAAGACCAUCUACGAGUCAUCUCUAUGCAGAAGGGAGGCAACAUGAAGGAGGUGUUCCACCGCUUCUGCACAGGCCUCACAAAGGUGUGUGUGGUGUGCGCUCAGGAUUCAAGGAUGUCAAAGUCCAGUCCAGUCAGAAAGGCACACAAUUAUAUAACAUUGAACGACACACCUAACAUUCAAAUAAAUGUUCAAAGCACACCACCGCUUUGGGGUUAAUUCCAUUUGGGAGACUACUUAAAAUGUAGUGCAAGAUUAAAACUGUCCCAAGAAAGGAUGUAACCUUUAAACUCAAACUAGAAAGUCCCCUACACUGCAGUUGCUUUCUCAACUCAAUGGUGCCACAUAAGUCAUAACCUUCGCCCCCUGACCCCUACAGAUCGAGAGCCUGUUCAAGGACAAGGGUCAUGAGUUCAUGUGGAACGAGCACCUGGGCUACGUGCUCACUUGCCCCUCCAACCUGGGCACAGGGCUGCGCGCCGGCGUGCACGUCAAGCUGCCCAACGUCAGCAAGCACGAGAAGUUCGGUGAGGUCCUCAAGAGGUUGAGGCUGCAGAAGCGCGGCACAGGUACGUACAUUUUCAACACCCCCCUCAACCCGGUUAGGAAAUGUGGAGGGGAAAUGCUGUCUAGCAGUUGUUAUUGGAUUUAAGCGAGCAUCCAGCGGAUCAGGAGUAUUGUCUAGUCUCACUAGGUUUUAUUUAUGAAGCAAUGUUUGUUACUGUGGGUGGCUAAAACAUUGUGCGUUCAAGAUGUCAAUGUUGAAUUGCAUCUGAAUCCGUGUACUUAAAUUGACAGCGUUAUGCUAAUCCAACAUGCCCCUACACCUUUGACCGAAAGCUGUAACUAUGGGUACAAUUCUCAUAAAUGUAUAGCACUUUCCACUAGGUCCCAACUCUCCGCUGUAUAGGACAGAGGUGGCCAACGCUCCUGGGGAGCUACCCUCCUGCAGGAUUUCCUUCCAGCCCUAGUCCUGUUUCGGUUAAGUAGCUGCUCCUCAGGCCCCCCGAAUAUAGUAGCUGAAAGGUGUUAUAGUAGGGCUGCCUGGAACUAAAACCUGCAUGCCCAGUGCUUCUCCAGGAGCAGGGUUGGCCUGUCACUCCUUGUCUUAUCCACCACCAUCAGAUUGUCUUUGGUACUGAACAUGUACGUUCUGGGUCUUCCCCCUCAGGCGGCGUGGACACCGCAGCAGUAGGCGGCGUCUUCGACAUCUCCAACGCCGACCGUCUGGGCUUCUCCGAGGUGGAGCUGGUGCAGAUGGUUGUCGACGGCGUCAAGACCCUCGUCGAGAUGGAGAAGCGCCUGGAGGGAGGCCAAUCCUUCGACGACCUGAUGCCCGACCAGAAGUGAACACGCUCACUCUGAAACCUUCUGACCUCUUCUCUCAUGUCUCCCCCUCUCCCCCCCCCCUCCUCACCAAUAUCUCCCCCUUGUCUCAAAAAACAAUAAUCUUAACUACAUCAAGGAAAUACACUCCGCCCGACGCAUUUAGUGGCACUAAAAAGUUAGAUGAGUCUUCCAUCUGUGUGAUGAAGGAUUUUGUAUCUGCUGUCUUGUUGCAAAAUAUUGGAUGGAUCUUAACUUGAAAUAAAAGUAUCUUUGCCCAAUGGAAUA